AGGAAUAGGGACUCCUAAAUCUGUUGGUGUUAAGAAUAUCCCAACGACCCCACACACACCGUAUCAGGUUCCAAACAUCACGGAUGAAGAUUCAUGCAGUAUUACAGUAGCUGUUCGGGUUAGACCGCUUCUACAAAGGUAAGAAAAUGGCCUAAACUGUGUUCGAGUCUUAGUUUACCAUUUUACCUUAUAAUGAAAAAAAUCUAUUUUAAAAAUGUGUAAAAAAAAUACUGUAAUUAUUUUUACAACUGUGGGGUCAUGCAGUUGGGGUCGUGCAGGUCGCGUCACUUGAGAAAUCUAAUUACGCACUGGUUUUCUAUCUGAUUUUCGUCUUUUCUUCAACUUAUUUUUAUCUGGAAAAGUGCGUUGAUUAUCCCCAUACUGUAUUAAUAGUGUAUUGGAUAUUUUUUCUAUUGACUGAUGAUUGAAUUUAGAGUUUAAAUUAAACACAUCAAUGUCAAAAGUUUGCGCGUGUUUUAAUGUAAAAAUAUUUGAUCAAAUUUCACGAUGUACUGUACGAUAGAACACUUCACUGAAGUAUUAUCACGCCUUUAACGGGAAGUGUAAUCAAAUUAAUGUAACACUUUGUACUUUGAUAUUAUUUUUUCUGGAGUUAUUUAUGAUGAAGGGCGCACUAGACUUUGUUUUAUCAGUAGCGUGCUUUGAUUCAUGCUUUGCUCAGUAAACAUUGAUCUUUUUACGAAUUGUUUUCUCGUCCAAAUUGUUUUUCAACUCAUGUUUGUAAAUAUCAAUCACGUCAAGAAAAACAGCUGUUUUCUUCUCAUUUUCGUAUCACUUAAGACCAAGAAAUUAUCUCAAAGUUUCUUGAUAAAAUCGUAUGAUUUAUUGCUAGUGAUUCUGCUAUGAUAGCAAUGAAGGCUUGAUCAAAAAGAUAGCGUCUCAUACGUGUAUGAUUAAUAGAACAAAAUGACCCCAAGGUAAAGGUUUGCAUAUCAAUGGAUGGUAACGAGACCAGCCUCACAUCAGACAAAGGAAUAAAGUACAACUUUUUGUAUGACCAUUCCUUGUGGUCURUUGAUCCUAAACAUCCUGACUUUGUUGAUCAAGAAAAGUUGUACAAACUUCUUGGAGAACCACUUCUUAAUAGUGCUUUCCAGGGCUACAACACCUGUCUGUUUGCCUAUGGUCAAACUGGAUCAGGAAAAUCCUACAGUAUCAUGGGGCAAGGAAAAGACACUGGCGUACUUCCAAGGUUUUGUGAAGAACUCUUUGAAAGAAUUAGUGUUUGGCCUGAGUGCAAAUUCACUGUUGAGAUCAGCUACUUUGAGAUUUAUAACGAAAAGAUCCAUGACCUUCUGGUUUCUACCAAAGGGAAGGAUAAAGAUACCAAGAAACAGUUGAGAGUCAGGGAGCAUCCAGCAUUGGGACCCUUUGUGCAGGAUCUCUCGACGUAUGUUGUCAGUACAUAUUCAGACAUUGAGUCUUGGUUAGCAUUGGGGAACAGAAACAGAGCUACAGCAGCGACAGGGAUGAAUGACAAGAGCAGUAGAUCCCACUCUGUUUUCACUAUCAUGAUGACUCAGACAAAGACUGAUGUUUUCGAAGACACUGAAGCUCAGCUGACCACAAGAAGCAAGAUCAACCUGAUCGACUUGGCUGGUAGUGAAAGAGCAAGCAACGUGCUGAAUGAACAAGUCAUUACUUCAACCGAGACUGCAAACCUGAGGCUCAAGGAAGGAGGAAGCAUCAACAAGUCUCUACACACACUAGGGAAGGUCAUUUCUCUUCUGUCAGACAAAGAAAUCCAAAACAAGAAGAAACUCUACAUUCCUUACAGGGAUUCCAUUCUGACUUGGUUGUUAAAGGAUAGUCUAGGAGGGAACUCUAAGACUGCAAUGAUAGCCAACAUCAGCCCAGCGAGCUCACAGUUUGGGGAAACCUUAAGUACACUUCGGUAUGCUCAAAGAGCAAGGACUAUCAUCAACAAGGCUGUCAUCAAUGAAGAUCCUAGUGCCAAGAUCAUUAGAGAGCUACGAGCGGAGAUCGAUCAUCUACAUCAAAUGCACACCAGUAAUACACCGGAAGAUAACAAAAACGCUCUGGCAGAAAUUCAGCUUUUGCGAGAAAAGUUGAUGGAGUCUCAGCAACUCUUGGUUGAAUCAACGAGGAAUUGGCAGGAAAAGUUUGCCUUGUCGGAGAGAAGAAAACGCGAGGAAGCUGAAAACUUGAAGAAAGUCGGUAUUUCCUUCAAGGUUGAUAACCGACUCCCAAACCUGGUGAACCUUAACGAAGACCCUCAACUCUCCGAGAUGCUUCUCUACAUACUUAAGCCAGGAAUUUCAACAGUUGGGCAUCAACAACAGCAAGACAUUCAGCUAAGUGGAGCCUUGGUGGCAGAGUCGCACUGUAUUAUCAAGAAUGAAGGAGACAAAGUGAAAGUAAUCCCAAUUGCUGAUGCCCCAACCUACAUCAAUGGUCUACUCAUCCAGGAAGAAACAGAACUACAUCACGGUGAUCGUCUGGUUAUUGGUGGAGAUCACUUUUUCAGACUAAACCAUCCUAUCGAGAGCAAGAAGAGAAAAGAGCAGUUCCGAUCUGGAGGAACAAAUCAAGAUGGCGCUGUUAUUAAGGACUUCGAAUUCGCUAGAAACGAACUCGCUCAAGUCCAAAACGCGAGACUUCAAGCUGAACUCGAGGAAGCGAGAGAAGAAGCAAGAUUACAAGCGCAAGAAGAAAACAUGAAACAGAUACAAAAAGAAAAGGAAGCAGCAGCUGCAGAGCUGAUGAGACAGAAGUCUGAGUACGAGACGAGAAAUGACGAGCUACAACAAAAAUUGAAUGACCUCAAUCGUAAAAAGGAGGACGCAGAAAGGUCGAAUCAGUCCAAAGAAGAUGUAAUAUCAGAGCUGCAAGCACAUAGACAGAUGUUGGAACAAGAGAUUUUAAGCAACAGAAAGAAACUUCAAAUGGAAGCUCUGGCAGCAAAACAGGCUCUUGAAGAGACCAAGCUCAACCAAAUCAGAAUCAUGUCUGAACUGGAGAAAGAGAAAAAGAAGAUGCAGGAUGAUGUAUUGAAGCUGAAAGAAGCAAAAAAACAACGCGAGAAAAUGAGAGACGAGUUCCGCGCAUCAUUCAAUGCACUUGGACGCAAAGCUUCGACGAUGGAUGAUCCAAGCAAGAAAGAACUGUUAAGAAUAACAAUGGCGUUGCGAGAAGCGAAUAAGAUCAGUCAGCACAUGAAAAAGAACAUUACAUUUAGUCGAGAUGAAAUUACUGUAGAUGGAAAGACUGAAAGCAAAGUUCGUCUUAACGACAUCAAGAAAGGAAUGACGACCCUAUGGACCAUUGAGAAGUUUGAAUCCAGACUGGAUCUGAUGAGAGACUUAUACCAGCAAGAUGAAAACUGUCAGUCAAGCGAUGAUGAUCCUUUCUAUGACCCCGACGAUCAGUGGGACAAUGACUUUAAACUCGGCUCUCCUCAUAACAGACGAAUAUCAACCAUGGGAGCGUUAUCGCUAGCUUCAAGGAAAACAACAACAGACACAACUGAAAAUAGAGUUCGCGCAGAGAGUAUCUUCGCAAAAUAUCGUAGCAGACAAGAUUCUAGUACUACGUCAACGCCAGGAAACAUGGACAUCCCGUACUCGACCCCUGAGGGGAAGGUUUUUGACUCCCCUACAAACUUGUCGCCUUUGCUCAACAAAAAAGUUGAGCAGCCCAUGACGUCAUCUAGGAUCCAGUCACGUGGCACGUCAUGUGAUCAGAAUCACGUGCGCCUUGUGUCGGUCCUAUGUGCAGAGGUUCUUGGGAAAUCGUUGUCAUCUUUACAAGAAAACCCUGACGGACUGCAAGUUCCAGUUCACGAAAAAGUAUUGUCCAGCGUUCAAAAGAUUAAAGCUUGCUUAUCAAAUAUCAAAAAGCAUCGAAGGCCAACAAACGAUCCAGAAGAAAAGGUGAUCCAAGAAAAUUGCGUUGUUUUAACCGUUUCCAUGGAGACGCUCAUUGCGAACGUUCAGUCAUGGGAAUGUAGUAACCAUGGUGAUAACUACAAGAAGUUUGUGUCGCUGCGAGAAAAGUUGGUUGACCAUAUCCAAGAGUUGUCUACUCUCCUUAUCAAAUUGUUAUCGAACCUAGACAAAUCAUCCAGUUCUUCCAACCCAGAAGAAAUCUUGUCUGAAAGUGAAUCUCUUCUUAAAGAAAUAGUAAAACAAACAGCGAAGAUGGCUGUUCUUACGAUGAACGAAAGCAUGGAAUCAGAAAAGAAAUACGUUAACAGUCGCGAUGGAGAUCUCGAAGAAGCAUUUGUGGCAGGACAGGAGCAGUUUUUACACUCUUCGAUACGUCAUUCUCUGGACACACUAGAAAACAUACAAGAAAAGAUCGAUGAAAAUAUUAUUAGAGUUGAUGUCUCUGAGGUCGAAAGGGAAGUAACAGAAGAAGUAGUAAAGCUACUCCGUGCGACAUCUGACUUCAUCCAUCAAGGUCGCGAAAUACAGUUUCAGCUUCAAUCCGCGUUAAAAGAGGAUACUCAGUAUCGACGCAGUAAUGGGCGGUUCCCCUUUGUCGUUCGUCUAGUACGAGGCUUAGAUACAAUCCUAGACCUCACAAAGACACUGGCAACUACCACACCACAAGCAUGUGACGACAUGGAUCUCCAUAACAUCAUCGCCUAUCCCGAACAAAUAGCGAGCGCCACCGAAAACUUCGCGAGAAGCUGCCGAGCAUAUAUUGACUCAGAGUUUAAUGGAAUAGGACACGAACGCCGGGAGGAAAUUUCAGAUGAACAGGAAUAUUUGGAGAAGAAAGUUGAAGACGUACAUUCAACUGCGUUGGGACUGAAAAAUGUUUUGGCGCGAUUUAUGUUUCUGAAACCCUGUGGUGGUCAAAAUGGACCAAAAACUGAUCUCUGUAGAACUCCCUACUCUACUUAUAAUGCAAAAAGUUUACAGAAAGAUUAUGAAAAGACUCCCUUGCGACAGCGUUUCUGUAGAGAGUCGCCAACUUGAGAGUAAUAUAGUUAGGGUUAGUGCAAAGUAGGAGGGACCAAAGGCAGAACCUGAGGAACACCGUCAGCUACUCGGGGAAUUAAAUAAACAAUUCUGGUAGUUCCGAAGAAAAUUCAACAAAUAUAUUUAUGGAAGGAUUUCACGUCAAUGCAAUGUUAUGGGCAGGAAAUUAAAUUUUGCGUUAGUAAGUGAGAAAAGUUUACAUAUUUUUGCCGCACAACAUGGCGGACGUGGGGCCGAGGCUCUCUUAAAUAAUAUUAUGUCUGUGUGUCUCUAAUGUUCACUUUGAGAAAGAUACUGAAAUCUCUAUACUUAGGUUUAAUAAAUAAAUUAUAAAAAUAUAUAAUAUUCCCACAAAUCACUUAGAAAAAUAUGUGUUAAAUAUGGAUUAAAAUAAAACAAGAUUAUCAA